AUGAGCACGGGGCAGCCAUUGGUGGAGCAGGAGCAGAUGUGUGUGGGGCAAACAUUGACAGCACAGACGAGUGUGGGCGACCAGAGGGAUCUAGCAAAGGCUAUGGGCGACCAGAGGGAUCUAGCAAAGGCUAUGGGCGACCAGAGGGAUCUAGCAAAGGCUAUGGGCGACCAGAGGGAUCUAGCAAAGGCUAUGGGCGACCAGAGGGAGGUAGCGAGGGCUAUGGGCGACCAGAGGGAGGUAGCGAGGGCUAUGGGCGACCAGAGGGAGCUAGCGAGGGCUAUGGGCGACCAGAGGGAGGUAGCGAGGGCUAUGGGCGACCAGAGGGAGCUAGCGAGGGCUAUGGGCGACCAGAGGGAGGUAGCGAGGGCUAUGGGCGACCAGAGGGAGGUAGCGAGGGCUAUGGGCGACCAGAGGGAGCACCGCUCUCCACCACAUUCCCCCGCUCUUUCUCCACCCCUCAAGGCCGAAUCCCUGCUUUCUCCCCCUCUUUGUCAUCUCUCACUAAUUCUCUCCCAAAUACACUCCAGCCUAUCAACCCUUUCCCGCACAACCCUUCUCUUCCUCUCCCCACCUCCGCUUCUAUCUCUGUUCCCUCUACCUCCUCUGCUGCACCCACCAAUCACCCCCUCCCCUGCCUCUCUCGCUUCGCCACAGUGUCAGCUUCCGACCAAUCAGCAGCCGGCGGUCUGA